AUGGCCUGCGACGCCUGCAAGUCAGGGUUUCGUUGGCAAGGAACCCCGGUGGGCUCCGAAAUCACGCUGAACGGCAACCCCACGUAUGUGACUGGCGACUCCAAAUCAGCCGCGAUCUUGAUGAUCCACGAUAUCUUUGGUUGGACAUUGCCUAAUGCGCGGCUUCUGGCUGAUCACUAUGCCCAAGAAGCAAAUGCCACCGUCUACCUCCCGGAUUUUUUUGGUGGCGAGAAUGUCCCACCCGAGAUCUUAGACGACCCAGAGAAGAGGGAGGCCUUCAAUGUGCCUGCUUUUAUCGAGCGUAACACGAAAGACCAACGCUUCCCGGACAUCCUCGCGUGUUCCCAAGCUCUGAAAUCCGCGUAUCCCAGAGUGGGCGCCAUCGGAUUCUGUUACGGCGGCUGGGCCGUCUUCCAGCUGGCAGCACGCGGUCCAGAGUUGUUGAGUUGUAUGUCCACGGCACACCCAACCUUAUUGACCGAGAAAGAGAUCGCUGCGGGACGCGUUCCUGCCCAGAUUCUGGCGCCAGAACAUGAUCAUCGUUUGACUCCAGAGCUGAAGGAAUUCUGCAACCGUGUAAUUCCGGAGCUGGGCCUGCCCUAUGAAUAUGUCUACUUUCCCAAAAUGUCUCAUCGAUUGGCAGUCAGAGCGGAUCUGAACGACGAGUUGCAGAAAGCGGAGCUCGCGAGGGCAAAGCGAGCGGCGGUCCACUGGUUCAAUGAGUGGCUACACUAA